UGCAACCUGCAGGGCCUGUGGAGGAACGAGCUGGGCUCCAACAUGACCCUCUUGGCCCUGGAUGCGGCCGGGACCUUCUCGGGCUCCUACCACACUGCCGUGGCGGUCACCAACAAGCAGAUCCUCGUGUCACCCCUGCAAGGGGCACAGCAGCACCUCAGUGCCAAGAGGCAGCCCACCUUCGGCUUCACUGUGCAGUGGCAGUUUGCAGACUCCACCACCGCCUUUGUGGGACAGUGCUUCGUGGACCAUCGUGGGAAGGAGACACUGGAGACCACGUGGCUUCUGCGGGAAGAGGUCCUGUCCUGCAGGGACAACUGGAAAGCCACCAGGGUCGGCACCUCCAUCUUCACCCGCAUCAAGUGA